UUCACACCAAUGGACACGUUAUAAAUAACAAUUUUAAUAUAUCUGAGCGCUGAGUACUAUAAAUACUGUCAUGUGUUAGCCAAAAAGAACAUAACACAAAAUCCUCUUCUCUUCUUUAAUAACUUUUAGAAACACAAAUAAAAGUUUAAUUACUUUUAAGCCCAACAAAAAUGGGUUAUGCUAAAUCAGCCAUGCUGAUCUUCUUACUAGCAUUGGUCAUCGCAUCUUGUGCCACGGCCAUGGACAUGUCCGUUGUUUCCUCCAACGAUAACCACCACGUGACCGCCGGUCCCGGCCGCCGUCAGGGUAUUUUCGACGCUGAAGCCACCUUGAUGUUCGAGUCAUGGAUGGUCAAACAUGGGAAAGUGUACGACUCCGUUGCCGAGAAGGAACGGCGUUUAACUAUUUUUGAGGACAACCUCCGUUUUAUCACUAACCGGAACGCUGAGAAUCUCAGUUACCGGCUUGGUUUGAAUCGGUUUGCGGAUUUAUCUCUCCAUGAAUACGGAGAAAUUUGCCAUGGGGCUGAUCCAAGACCUCCUAGGAACCACGUCUUCAUGACUAGCAGCAACCGAUACAAGACUAGUGAUGGUGAUGUUCUUCCUAAGUCCGUUGACUGGAGAAACGAAGGCGCAGUGACUGAAGUCAAAGAUCAAGGCCUUUGCAGGAGUUGUUGGGCUUUCUCCACUGUGGGAGCAGUGGAAGGCUUAAACAAGAUUGUGACUGGAGAGCUAGUAACUUUGUCUGAGCAAGAUUUGAUCAAUUGUAACAAAGAAAACAAUGGUUGCGGAGGAGGCAAAGUCGAGACAGCCUAUGAGUUCAUCAUGAACAAUGGUGGUCUUGGUACCGACAACGAUUAUCCUUACAAAGCUCUCAAUGGAGUCUGCGAAGGCCGCCUCAAGGAAGACAACAAGAAUGUUAUGAUUGAUGGGUAUGAGAAUUUGCCUGCAAACGAUGAAGCCGCUCUCAUGAAAGCGGUUGCUCACCAGCCUGUGACUGCCGUUGUCGAUUCCAGCAGCCGAGAGUUUCAGCUUUAUGAAUCGGGAGUGUUUGACGGAACUUGCGGAACAAACCUAAACCAUGGUGUUGUUGUGGUCGGGUAUGGAACCGAGAAUGGUCGUGACUACUGGAUUGUGAAAAACUCGAGGGGCGACACAUGGGGGGAGGCUGGCUACAUGAAGAUGGCUCGCAACAUUGCCAAUCCAAGAGGCCUAUGUGGCAUCGCAAUGCGAGCUUCAUACCCUCUCAAGAACUCGUUUUCUACGGAUAAAGUUUCGGUUGCCUAAUAAUAUGAACUAAAUGUAUGCCAUGGAACGGAUCGGUUAAGCCAUUAUCGUUAUUCGACUUUGAAGGAAACUAAAAAAUAAUGUGGUCGAUUGGUUUGGUUUUGUUAUAUAUUAUGCAUUUGUAUGGGGGUCAGUCAAUGUUUGAACUUUGUAUAAUAUUUCUUUGGGUCUAGUGAUAAAUAUUUUCCCUUUUGCGAAAAAGGUACUUGUGUGAGACGAGAUUGAUGAGUGAUUCUGAAUUUGGGGAAUGAUAGUUCCCAACUACACUUUAAAUCCAGUGAUUAUAAAGCGUAUUAGAGAUUAUAAAUUAAGGUUACAAUUGAAUUUUUUUUAGAUUUAAUCGGAACUAGACCUAUGCCACUAACGAUGUUUAGUUAAUGUUAACUGAGUGCCGUCUUGGCAUUGUUUGAAACAAAUUUGGUAUUCAAAUCUUCAAUGAGAUAGUAUCAUACUACUAAAAAAUUGAAACUUAGGUCUUUUUUGGCAUUGUUUCCUUAUAUGGUUAAACAUUAAAUACUUACAUUUCUUCUUCUUGAUAUAUCGUAUGGUGGAGGUUAUAUCACCUCAUUUAUGUUUUGUAUUUAAGGAUCGGUGGUGGAGAUCUAUAACAUCAUUCAUGUUUGGUUCGUGUCUUUGUAGGGAGCUGUUGGGAGUUCUCGACACGAUGGUGACAAGGAGAAUUUAACACUUUGACUGAGCAAGACUUGAUUGAUUCAUUCUAAUAAAGAAAAUUAUGGUUGUGGAGGAGGCAAAAUCGAGACCGCGGAUGAGUUCAUAUAUAAGUAGCAAUGGUGGUCUUGGUAUCGACAAGUAUUAUCCAUAUAAGGCUGUUACUGGAGCUUGCGACGGCCCCUCAAGAUUGGUAGUUACAAACUUACAAUCAUAGAGAUUAGGUAUCAUGUCUAACAAAAAACAAAAGUAAUUCUUGAAAAAAUAAAAAUAAAUUGUAAGUAGCAUAUAAUACCAAGAAUGUUAUGAGUGAUAGUAUGAGAACCAGCCUGUGACUGUUGUCAUUGAUUCAAGCGAUCGGAAAUUUCACUUUAUUUAUCAAU